AUGUUCUCUCGUCUGUCUCAACUCGCCCGCCAUCUGUCUCGUCCACUGCCCAACUACGCCCACCGCUCUGCUGCCGCAUACUCGACGUCGUCCUCCUCUUCCUCGUCGUCCUCCUCCAACAUGACAUCAUCAUCCUCGAAUGUCGAGGCGACUUCCACGCCUCAAAAGAACAUGAUAAGCACGGCGGGAUGUAUCAUCAUUGGCGAUGAAGUGUUGGGCGGAAAGACCGUAGACACCAACUCGGCAUAUUUCGCUCGAUGGUGUUUCUCGCUCGGCAUGCAGCUGAAGAGAAUCGAGGUGAUUCCCGACGACGAAGACGACAUAAUGGAAGCGGCGCGGCGCAUGUCCAAGAACUACGAUUUCGUAGUGACCAGUGGUGGCAUUGGGCCUACACACGACGAUAUCACCUACCAAUCUAUAGCCAAGGCGUUUGGCCUCGAGCUGAAGCUUCACGACAAGACCGUCGAGAAGAUGAAGAAGUACUCGCGGCCUCACAAGUCCCAGCCCAACUUCUCCUGGGACACGCCUUCUCCUGCUCUGACGGCCAAGCUGCGCAUGGCUCAGCUCCCCUACGAUCCGAACAUUCCAGACGAAGACCAAGUGCUAUUUGUUAAGGAAGACCUCUGGGUUCCCGUCUCGGUGGUGAACGGCAACAUCCAUAUCCUGCCUGGCGUGCCGAGGAUAUUCGAAACCAUCCUCGACAGCUUGAAACCACGCGUUCUCCCACGGCUGAAGGACCCCGAAGGCAAGGGCAUGUACCGAAUGCUGUUUAGUACGCCUUUGGCCGAGAGCGAGGUUGCGGACUACCUCACCCAGCUUGCGGCGAGGGUUGAACCAAAAGGAGUCAAGGUUGGAAGCUAUCCGAGAUGGGGCAAAAACAAGAACGUGGUCACACUGGUUGGGAGCGAUAGAGAGUUCAUGGACAGCCUGGAGGCCGAAGUCGCCCGGGGUGUCCAAGGGGUGAGAGUUCAGGUGGAAGGCGAAGACGACACUGACGAUGAGGCCGAUGUCAAGAAGGGCAAGGCCAGCUGA